UUCGAAUAAGUAUUUAUUAAAAUAUAGGAAUUUUUUCUCUCAACGUGGUAAGUGUAAGAAACAUUGCGAUUCGUCAAAAAAAUAAUUUUCGCGUUCGAUUGGGCAUGUGUGCAUUUAAUUAUGAGGUACGAUCCGGUAGCGGAGACCGUUGCAAUGUGCACUCUGUCUUCUCGUCACAUUAUCGGUUCAAUGAGACAAUGUCUCAUUGGACUUAGCGUCUAACCGGCCGAUCAGCUAGAUUAAUCAUGAUUUUUGAGCAAGUCGCGGGUUGACAAAAGCACCCCAGAAAGUGCGUCUCCUUUAAGUGGCUUGCUACCCUGCGACUAUGGCUUGUAAAAUACAAGUGUCGUACGAAUCAUGAUUAAGAAAGCUUAGUCGACGUUAGACGUGCGUUAAACGUGACACAAAAGUCAGAACUCAUUCUCAACGAGCUCACUAUCGGUUCCGUAUCCAUCGCGUUCGAAUUUCUAAAUGGUUAUUUCGCGAAUCGCGCAGCAAGUAAUGUCUCUUACACGUGCCACAAAGAAGAUACUUGCAAAGAUACAAAAUGAUUUUUUCACAGUUAAACUUUAUUCCUGGAAAAAAGUCUUGUUGCAUCAUUUAGAAAUCUGGUAGAGUCAACCAAGAUGUCUAUUCAAGAACGGACGAAUCAGAAAUCUUGUAGGAAUUACCAAAUUAUAGUUAAAUCUAUCAAACGGUCAGAUUAUUUUAACCAAAGUCCUAUUGUAAUUAUCAGAAAUUCUGCUUCUGGUUUUACAAAAAACACUCAAUCAUUUAAGUUUGUUUGAUAUAAUCAGAUUAUUUUUCUUAUUGUAAGCAAGAAUAUAAAAUUUUGUGAAUACCUUUUAUUUAUUUAUAUUUUCAAUGUAUCACAUUUUUUGGGCUACAAAUAUGAAUAAGCUGUUGUAGUUAAAUCUCGAGAUAUUAUACAAGUUCAAGCAAAUAAAACUUAGGAAAGCAGACUUCUAUAUUGACUAACGUGAAAUUCUGAGGAAGCAAGUAAUCGUCUUUAAAAAUUAUAUUUAUCGUUCUAAUUAUAUUAUUAAACAUGAUUUUUUGUAACUUUCUUUAGAAUACACACAUUUCUUCGAUAAAAAUUACAUAUUAGAAAUUUUUUAUUUUUUUAAUUCAAUUGUAAUCGAGUCGUCAUUACUCGAAUUAUUUAGCUUUGACAUACAACCAGAUGAAACCCGAUUUGGUCGGGUUUAUAUUUUCAAAUACGUAUCUCAAAAUUAAUUUUUUAUUUGCUUCAGCGAACUUAUUCUUUCGAUUUAUAAAGCUGACGUAUACUCGUCGAUGAUUUAAAAUAUUUAAAUAAACGAAUCGCAACUAGUUUGUCGCGUCGCGCCUUUGUUCCGGGAGUGCCGUUUAAGUAAUAGGACUUAAUUAGUCCUCGGGCGCAAUUUUAAUGUAUUUAACGCGAGUGUUUCGCGAGUGCAACGGAACGAGGAGGCUUGACAAUCCGAAUUUGAGAGGAGGAAAUCUAGGAGAGGCAUCGAGCCCCAGCGGAGUAACUUUGAAUAUCAUCGCAGCUUCGUGGCUGAAUAACUUCGCUCCGUUGCGUAUUAGAUCUAAUUUGUGGAAAGAGAAUGCAGUAGCAGCAGCAGCAGUAACAACAAUCGCGCAUCUAACAAUACUGAUCGAGUUGCACUGUUGCUCGCCAACGCGAAAAGGGAGGCAAUCAAUCAUGGCGUACAAUCCAAUUCCGUCUGCCACUUUAUCGAUAGUGCAAUGGGACAACGCGAUCGUGGCAAGAAUGCCUUGAGCAAAGAUGGGAAUUUAUGACAAAUUGACGGGUAAGUGAAACUUGAUCGACGCUGUUUAUUUAUCUUUCUAAUUUUCAUAGACAUCUCUGCGAUAUUUAUCUCUCGAAUUGUAUGCGUAAAUGAAAUGUGUGUUUCUUUUCGAGGAAAAACUUUUCUCGGGAACAAGAUUCAUUAGUUUUUCAAAAAAUUUUGCUUUUAGUAGUGAAUUACUUUAUUAACGGAUUUUAUUAUUUGACACGUACAACUGACGUAUAUCUAAAAACCAUUAUCAAAUUUCGGAUCGUUAAAUCACAUUUCUUUCUUAUGAGAAAAUUACGUAGCUCGAAUAUGAAGACGAGCCGCGUCAUGUUGACAGCUCAUUAAUGAAGUAAAACCAAUUAGUCUUAAUUACCUAGUAUUAUAUUCUCUGAAUUCACACAUUAAUCUCAAUGCAACGACCUAAGACUCACAUGGUUAUGUUGCUUCACGCAUCACAUUGUAUGAAUAAAAUAAAAACGUAAAAAAAAUGUGAUUGAACGAACAAUGGCGGAAUAACAUUUUGACAGCAGAUGCAAAAUAUAAUGUUAAAAACGAUCAAGUGCGGUAUUUUUGCGAAAAGUGUUUUCAAUCUUUCGAUCGGAGCGAACGAUAUGUAAAUCCCUUGAGCGGCGUUUAUUUAGCUAAGAGCAUUGUUAAAUUUCACAUCACUCGCGAUCGCAGAUCCAUAUCGAUGAUAAUUUCCUUUUCAAGGGAAACGAAGCACUCGGAUAAUUUAAAAGGUAAAUUUACCAGGUGCUAUAAAUAUUGUAGAAAAGUAUUUAAAUCGAGUGUUCUUUCCCGGCGAGAUGUAUUGAAGAACUAUGAUUAUCUCUUUUAAAAUUUAUGCGAUUGUUAUUCACGAUGUGAUCCAUUUACCGUGAUCACAAUUCGAUUGUGAUUGUGAACGCUGUAUGACGAAAAUUUAGUCCAAGUAAUCUUCUGCGAAAUUUACAAAGUUUUAUUUUAUUUUUUAUUUUUUUAUUUUUUUUCUACGAGCAAUUUAAACCGAAUAAUACGCGCGACAAACAAACAUUAAGAGAGUAAAGGAUUUGCAAAUUUGCAGACAAACAAGUAAAUUAAGAGUAGCUCUCGUAUGUACAUUCAACUGUGAAUAGGCUAAUUUUCGUGAUGCAUUACGAUCAUCAAAAGUCGGAGAAAAUUUUCCGAUUAUCUGUCGUGCACAGACGACAAGCACGCAAACGAGAUAUAUCAGCCGUCUGAUUAUAAUUUUACGGUAUGCGUACUAAAGAGAAACGGUCGAGAGGGAAUAGACAGAUGGAAUAAGGUGUCCAGAAAAUCAGAAAUACACAUCAACUAAUUCCACUGUUUAUAACAAUACGCUUUAUAAACUUUAUCUGCAAUUAUCUACCGAAUGAUUGAACGCAGAAAAUUGGCACUGUUACACCGUGCAAUUCCAAAAUCAUUGAAUAUAUCACAAAAUAAAUUUAUUUGCCAAUUGCAACAGAGCACCCCUCCUCUCUCUCUCUCUCUCUCUCUCUCUCUCUCUUAUGUUUGCGAAAGGAAAAUCUAUUAGAUUGAUGUAAACGCUCUUAAACGCGUUAAACAAUAACACGAUACCUUGUGCAUACUUAGCAUUGAAACUAGCACGAUUGGUACUACCACACACGAUACACACGUUCUCUGCAAAUAAGCAUCCGAGUACGUGACAAUCGCGGUAACACCGCGCGGGAACAAGUGUGCGUUAGCACACUCUGCGCUACUCGAUAUCUCUGUGUUACUUUGCGUGGGUGCUCAGAUAAUGAUGCCGAUACAACCGUCGGUCGACCAUUGGGCUUGGCACGAUAUCACAAUGUUAUGGCUUACUGCGAGGGUUAAUUAAUCAACUGCAUAUUAAUUUGCAUUUGAGCUAAUUGUUGUGCGAUAAUGCUGGCGAGUACGCGACGUGACAUUUAUUUAGCUGUUAGACAAAUUAUCAGAUAGAAUUUUGCUAGCGCAGUUGCUUAUAAUUGAUACCACGAAAGAAUUUCGACGUACGAAAGCUCUUAUUUAAUUUCAAGAGUAUACGUAUCUUGCGAAUUGCGAUUCCUGCGCGACAUAUUCAAAGCGAUAGAUUAUUGUGUCACGCAAUGCAUGUCGACUGCUUCCGCAAAGCAGAGAGGGACUGCUUGAGAUUAGUAUAGUUGCGUGUUAAUGUGUGUACAUGUACAAGGUACGCGUGUCUCUGUGCACGUAUGUAUACCUAUUUCGCGACCUCGCGUAAUUUGGAGUGGAAAUCGGCACAAUUUCGUGUACUUUCAAGUAGGUGAGAAACUUCAUCGCGAAAAUCCAACAACGUGUCGUACAUUACACAGGUGUAUUUAACCGGGCGUGACAGAGGGUUUACGCAAACGUAACACGUGCACAUGCGAUACAAACGCAUACCCGUACAUACGUACAUGCGCACUUUCACACACAAACACAAACAAAAUUAUAACGUGUGCGCGGACGCAUCUUCGCCGUUACGCAUACGCGACACGGUUCCUCUACAUUUACGUCACGUUGCAUAACCGGACCUCUUACACGAGUACAGCGAAUAACCCUGACCUCGAUUUUAUUAAAAAGAGGAUAUCUAUUAGAUAAAACGGCAAGGAACGCAGUAGAUAGGGAGCCAAAUUAAAGCGUAGCUGCAAUCAUUAAUAUCGGAUUUUAAGGGGAAUGGAGGAAAUAUAGUGUUGGAAAAAAUUGUAGAUAUCACAUACACACACACACACACACAAACAUCGUGAAAAAAUAUUAGCUAUAGGACAUAAUUUGUUUUCUUUAUUCGUUUCUUU